GCGAAAAAUACGAGAGCCAAAGGGAGGGCAUGGUCUUUUGUCUCGUUGAAUAGCGCUGUAGGAAGCGCAGCUUGGUUGACCCUUUUCUUUUCUAGAUAUCCAUCCGACCACAGUCCCCAUUCAAGGUUCGACAAUGGCUCAGCAAGCUACGGGACAGCGAAGUCGCCGGCAAACCGCCCCGUCAGGAAUGCCCAUUGAACUGAAAGCUAAGGAGAUUCCAAAACUAGAGACAGUUCCAGACGACCCGGAUGUAAUUACCGAAAUUCAUAAUGAGCUCGAAUUUGCCCAGUGGUACAAUGAAGCGGAAGCUAGCUUGCUUGAGGCCAGCUACGAUGAGUACCAGGCGUGUCUUGAUGAACUGCAGAUGUCGAAGUCCCAUCUAGAUAUGCUGCUCUCCGAUACAUCGUCUACACUUAAUCUCCUCACCAGCCUUUCCGAAGACUUCAAAGCAGUAGAUUCACAGACCUCCAGCUUCCAGAAGCAAUGCGAGGGUCUGCUAUCGGCUCAGAAUCGCGAUUCAGAAUUAGUAGCAGAUAUCGAAUACAAUCUUCAAUUCUAUGACUUUUUGGAUCCCGCUUCAAGGAAAUUGAACGCUCCAGGUGCGGGGAAUACUGUGCGCGGGCAGGACUUUUCAGACAUGCUACGACGGCUGGACGAAUGCCUGGACUAUAUGGAGACUCACUCCGACCAGAAGGAGGCAGAUGUAUACCGUUCCCGAUACCGACUCCUUCUAACACGUGCCCUUACCCUCAUCCGGGGGCACUUCGUUUCUUCCCUACGAGAUAUAUAUUCAAGUGUCUCAAAGAAAGUUUCAGAUCAACAACUUAAUGACACCGCCAUGUCAGCUCUACUGUAUGCCAAAUUCAGAGUUGGCGCGCCAGAACUAAAGCAGAUCGGUCUCGAAAUCCAGAAGAGAGCUGUGCCGCCGCUAGAUCCGGAUCAAGGCACGGAAGCCGAAUACCAAAGUCUCCUCAAUGAACUUCAUGCUAACUAUGCCGCCACACGCGGUAAGCUCAUCAUACCGCUAGUUCGUAAAAAGCUCGGCGAGAUUGUGCAGGCCCCUAGCACAUCAAAAGAUCUCGUCGCCUUUGCGCGCGGAAGCAUCAGCUAUGUCCGAGGAGUAUGCCUGGACGAAUUCGACUUAUGGGGUGAAUGGUUUCACGGACAGGGGGGCCUAUAUGACUUCCUAGAAACCAUCUGCGAGCCGCUCUACGACCAUUUACGGCCAAGAAUAAUCCACGAAGACAAGAUUGUAAAGCUGUGCCAGCUGUGCACGCUUCUUCAAACACGGUACUUAUUUGACCAGGAAGACGAGACAGAACAUGUCGAUCUGAACCAGCUGGACUUUUCAGCAUUGAUCCAGCCCGCUUUAGAAGACGUUCAGACCCGUCUUGUAUUCCGCGCACAGGCUUUUCUCCGUGAUGAGAUUGAGCGCUUCAAGCCCCGUGCUGAGGACCUCGAUUAUCCCUCACGCAACAGUCAGGUUUCAAUAUCUGUUACAGAGCAGCAGAUAUCAGGGAGAAAGAUUUCGCAUGCCGAUGCCUUUGUAAACAUCCCCAAACCAACGAAAAACUCCGAGGACAGUGCGGAUUCGCCACCGGAGCAAGAAUCGAAAUGGGAUUACGACUCACAAAGUGCUCCUGCCGCAUGGUAUCCAACAUUGCGGAAGGCAGUAUGGCUUCUCAGCAGAAUAUACCGUCUUGUAAAUUCCACUGUAUUCGAUGAUCUUGCACACCAAAUUGUUCACCAAACCACUGCCUCACUCCACCACGCCAGCUUACUCAUCUCCAGCAAAUCAGCCACAGACGGACAACUCUUCCUGAUGAGCCAUUUACUUAUUCUAAAGCAACAGAUUGUCGCCUUCGACAUCGAGUACGUCGCCCCCGAGGUCUCAUUCGACUUCUCCGGCGUCACGAAUACCUUCUGGGAACUCCGCGAACGCGGGGGUCUCUUCAACCCACGCAACCUAGUGCGCCUCGUCGGCCACGGUCUACUCCCCCGAGUCGUGGAGAAUAUGCUCGAUGCCAAAGUCGAGCUCGAUGGCCGACUCAGAACCAUAAUCAACGACUUCAUCAACAGCUUCGCCACGAAGAUGACGGCUUCCCUCCCCGUCAAAUUCGUCGAUAAGCGAAACCUGCAGCGUGGAGAACUAAUCUACCCCACAUGCCGGAAUAUCGAAAACGAGGUCCCGAGUCUCCGCAAGAUUCUGGGCGAUUAUCUAGAUGACAUUCGGAUGAAAGAGACCUUGGUAGGCGCUGUCCAGGACCGUGUAAUCCAGAUCUACGAGGAGUUUUUUGAUAAAUACACGUCUUCAGAGAAGACCAAGGGACACCCAGUUAGUAAGAAGGGCAAGGGACGUGAGGAUGCUGUAUGGGAUGUGGAUACUUUUGCUGGGUGGUGCGAGGGGAUCUUCCGAGUUGGAAUCUCGACUCAAGAAGAAGAUGAUGGGACCACGAGUCGAAGUAUGAGUAGGACCGGUAGUCGAGGAUCCCAGUUUCGAUGAGCUUGAGUUUGGGUUAGGGUUAGGGUUAGGGUAGUAGAAACGUGCUACAAACUUGAAUGUAAAUAUUAGAUCAAAGGAUCCCUAAUAACCACCCAAGUUAUGCAGUCAUGAGAUUGUUCAUGUUCAUCCAAUGCUGGGUGACC